AUGACCACCACGAGACGUCUCCACUUGUUACAACCUCCACAAACCCCUCAACCAUGGCACAAACUUCCACCUUCAGCCACCACUCCAACCCCAUCCAGUCCUGCUGCAAUAUCCACACCAGAGAAGACCACAACCUCGGCAACAGAGGCAACCUCCACGACCACCACGACCACUUCAGCAGCACCCACCACAGCUGCCCCCACCACCAGCGCUGUGUUUGAGACCACCUCCACUGCUGCGGGUCGAUCCACAUCCCGCACUGAGGCCACCACUGUUUCCACCACCACGAGGUCAGAAGUCUCCAGCUCGGCUGCCCAGUCCACAUCUCAGCCUGAGACCACCACUUCAGCCUCUUCUACUCGGCCAGAGAUGUCUUCACUUUUGACAACCUCCACAAUCCUCUCGACUACUGCUGCGGGUCGAUCCACAUCCAGCACUGAGACCACCACUGUUUCCACCACCACGAGGUCAGAAGUCUCCAGCGCAACCUCCACGACCACCACGGUCCUUGCACAAACGUCUUCCUCUGCUCCUGGGACAAGCCCAACUUCUGCCAGCACUGCGACUCUUCCUCGGAGCUCUACCGUGGAGACCACUUCAGCAGCACCCACCACAGCUGCCCCCACCACCAGCACUGUGUUAGACGUCUUCGCUUUUGACAACCUCCACAAUCCUCGCAACCACGGCACAAACUUCCAGCCUAAAGCCUUCAACCACCACUCCAAUCCAGUCCAGUCCUGCUGCAGUAUCCACACCUAA